CCAAUACUGAGGUUCUUACAUAGGCGCAAGUACUUCUGAGAACCGGAUUCAGGUAAUUUCCUCUUUCAAGACCAAAGGAACUCUGUCUGCCUGCCCACAGGGAGAGAAAGAAAGGAAAAGAAAAAUUACAGAAGCGCGCACUGUCUCGGCCAUUUCUGAACUGCGUGUAGAAGAGGGGCACGAAUUUAUCUCGGUCGUCCAAUCUUUCACAGUCGGCCAAAAUGCCAAUCCUUUUCUGCCCUUAUUGUGCGAACCUUCUCAUCCUCUCGAGGAUGGAAACGGGCAGCAACCGGCUAGAGUGCCGGACCUGUCCCUACCAGCACGCCAUCGACAUGCCCAUCUACUCGCGAAAGAACUUCCCGCGCAAGGAGAAGGAGGAUGUGUUCGGCGGUCCAGGGGCAUGGGACAAUGCCCAGAAGGGCAAGGUGCAGUGUCCGACGUCCAACUGUAGCGGAGACGAGGCGGCCUUCUUCCAGGUGCAGAUUCGCAGUGCCGAUGAGCCGAUGACGACCUUCUAUAAGUGCAUGACCUGCGGACAUCGGUGGAGAGAGAACUGAUACCUCAAGAGAUGGUGUUGCACAUGGGCGGCUGGCCGGAGGGAAUAUCACAGAAAGCAUUGGGCGGAGUUAUGGGCUUGGGUAUCUUUUAUUUGGUCAUCUAUGGGUUUGAUCUGCUAGACUUGACGUUACCUGCAUGUAGCCUGGCUCUCAAAAAGUGGUGCGGCGGUCAUUGUCACAGGCUGUCAAGUCUUCCUGGC